CAGUGCUCCCCGGCUGCCGCCCCUGCCGCCGGGCGGCCCCCCGAGCCCUGUCGCCGCCAGUGGGCUGUCACCCUUUCUCUCCGCGGGGGUCGCUCGGAGCAGCCCCACCAUGGAGGCGGCCACGGCAGGGGAAGUCAGUGUACAAGAUGAGGCCGUGGACAAAAGCACCUUUAAGAAAUGCAACCAGAUUGCUUUUUACAGGCGUCAGAAACUGUUAUGUCCUGGAAAAUCCUCAUAUCAAGCAUUGCUGGAUUCAGUCACAUUAAGUGAUGAGAAUGUCAAAUUCCAAAUUAUUCAUGAGAAGACUAAGGUUCUUCUACAAGUAGAAAUUUAUGAAAUAGAAGGCAAUAUUUUCAGGCUUAAAAUUGAUGAGGCUUCACCUCUCAGAGCAAGAUACAAAGUUCCUGAUGUUCUUGUAAAGGAACCUACCACCCAGAGACUCUUCAUAUCCCACAAGGAGGCAGGUAUUCUGGCACUGUCAAGUGUUAAUGGGGACUACAAACUUCAAGUCACAGCACACCCCUUCCAAGUUGAGCUGCAGUCCAAGGGUGAGACUGUUAUGAGCGUGAAUUCCAAUGGGUUGUUAUAUUUUGAGCACCUACAACCACCUCCCAGUGAUAGAAAACCUACAGCACAAAGUGAGGAGGCAGCAAGUGAUUACUUUAAGGAAAAACAAGAGGAUCUAGGUCUCUGGCAAGAGAAAUUUGGCAGUUUCUUAGACAUCAAAGCUCAUGGUCCCAGUUCUGUAGGCAUGGACUUCUCUUUACAUGGAUAUGAUCACGUUUAUGGAAUACCACAACACACAGAAACACUUCUUCUCAAAAACACCAGUGAUGGUGAUGCCUACCGGCUUUAUAAUUUGGAUAUCUUCGGCCACAAGAUACAUGAUAAAAUAGGCAUUUAUGGUUCAGUGCCCCUUCUCUUAGCACACAAGCCUAACAGAACUUCAGGGGUCUUCUGGCUGAACUCUUCAGAAACGCUGGUGGAUAUUAGUACAAAGGCAGUAGCUGAGCACAUGUCAUCUAGAUCUGCUGCAGAGACUGCUAAGCAGAGAGCAGUGCCUGUAACUGAUGUACGCUGGAUGUCAGAAAGCGGAAUCAUUGAUGUUUUCCUGCUGAUGGGACCCACUGCCUUUGAUAUCUUCAAGCAGUUUGCACAACUGACAGGCACUCAAGCCCUGCCUCCCCUUUUUUCUCUGGGCUACCAUCAGUGCAGGUGGAAUUAUGAGGAUGAGCAAGAUGUCAAGGCAGUAGAUGCUGGCUUUGAUGCACAUGACAUUCCUUAUGAUGUGAUAUGGCUGGACAUAGAGCACACAGAUGGCAAGAGGUAUUUUACUUGGGACAAAAAGAAAUUCCAGAACCCCAGAAAGAUGCAAGAACAUCUGAAGAAGAAAAAACGCAAGCUUGUCGUCAUUGUAGAUCCACACAUUAAGGUUGAUCCCACAUAUACCCUGUAUUCACAGGCAAAAGACAAGGGAUAUUUUGUGAAAGACAGAAAUGGGCAAGAUUUUGAGGGCAUCUGUUGGUCAGGUUCCUCUUGCUACCUGGAUUUCACCAAUCCUGAAGUGCGAAAAUGGUAUGCAGAUCAAUUUGCCUUCAAAACAUACAAGGGAUCCACUAAUAUCCUCUUUGUAUGGAAUGACAUGAAUGAGCCUUCAGUCUUCAAAGGGGCAGAACUAACAAUGCAGAAAGAUGCUGUGCACUACAAUAACUGGGAGCAUCGGGAAGUACACAACCUCUAUGGAUUCUACCAGCAAAUGGCAACUGCAGAAGGACUCAUCAGACGUUCUUCAGGAAAAGAGAGGCCAUUUGUCCUCACACGAUCUUUCUUUGCUGGAUCACAGAAGUAUGGGGCAGUGUGGACUGGAGACAACACAGCAGAGUGGAGUUACUUGAAAAUAUCCAUUCCAAUGCUUCUUACCAUCAGCUUGGCAGGGAUUUCCUUCUGUGGAGCUGAUGUGGGAGGGUUUAUUGGAGAUCCAGAACCAGAAUUACUUGUUCGCUGGUAUCAGGCUGGAGCCUACCAGCCCUUCUUCAGAGGUCAUUCUAACAUGGAGAGCAAACGGCGAGAACCGUGGCUCUUUGGGGAGAAGAACACCCAGAUCAUCAGGAAAGCCAUUAGAGAGCGCUACGUCCUCCUGCCUUACUUAUACACACUGUUCUAUCGGGCACACACAGCGGCUGAACCAGUUAUGAGGCCUCUCUGGGUAGAGUUUCCAGGAAAAACAGAAACUUUUGACGUGGAGUAUGAGUACAUGCUGGGAAAUGCUUUGUUGGUACAUCCAGUCACAGAGAAAGAGGCCAAGACAGUGAGUGUUCUGCUUCCAGGGUCAGAGGAGAUUUGGUAUGAUUUCAGAAAAUUUAAACGGAUGGAAGAUGCAGGCACUCUGAAGAUCCCAGUAACACUAGAGAAUAUUCCUGUGUUCCAACGGGGGGGCACUGUGAUACCUCUGAAGACCACAGCUGGGAAAUCCACUGAAUGGAUGAUAGAUAUUUCUUAUGAACUCCAUGUGGCCUUGGACACAGAGGCCUGUGCCAUAGGUGAGCUCUAUGUAGAUGAUGGACAUUCAUUUCAGUACCUCCACAAGAAGCAGUUCCUAUAUCGGAAAUUCACUUUCCACAAGAACAUUCUCACUUCCAGCUGCGCCGAUGAAAGCGGACAAUACCAAACCUCAUGUGUGGUUGAGCGGGUGAUAGUUCUGGGAUUUGGAAAGCAACCUACUUUUGUGACAGCCAGUUCCAAGGAGACUGGAGCACUUGAGAAGAGAUCUGGGCCAGUUUGACAAGCAGCAUCAGUAGAUAUGCCAGAUGCCGAGGUUAUCACCAGAGUUCUGCUUGCAAUCUGCCUUGUGAAAACAAACACAGAAGGAGCCACCCUGUGUGGUUAGACACUUCCCUUUUCCAGUCCUUAUGACAACACAAAAUGAGCUGGUCUGUACAGGAAAGUGAACAACAGGCUCACUGAACAGUUCAGUCACUGGAGGUAAGGUUUGAGUAGGUUGUGCCAGUCACUUGUGCAAUAUUAGAAGACAGUGACAUGGCAGUGCAGAAGGCUGUCCCACAGCUGCCUUUGAAACUUGGAUUUUGAAAAGGCACAGGUCCACAUUAACUGCAGUACUGGCUUAGGAUAGCAGCUAUACUCACACGGAAACAUUUUCAAUGUUAUUGCUCCCCUCUAUCUGCAAGUACUACUUAAAAAAAAAAAAAAGUCUUUUAUUAGGAAAGAAUUGGCGUUGAUGAUUGAGUGUCAUUGAUCAAAGCCAGCCCAGGGAAGCAGCUAUACUCCUCCAUAUCUUCCAGCUCCUGCCAAGGUUUAGCUUCCAUUACACAUGUUUUAGUACUGUCUUGAUCAGUUUUUAGUAUCUGGCCGAGAUUUGAGCUUGGCAUUUAUGGAGCAGUUUAAUAAUAAUGGGAUUAAUUCUACAUUUAGCCAUCCCACUUCAUGCUUUUCUCCCAUUCUGUUACAACGCCAGCCUAAUGUUCCCUUGCUUCCUUUUCACACCAUCUCUGCAAAAAGAACUGGUUUGUCCUGAUGCUUGCUUCCCUUGCAAAACUAGGAGACAUCCUGAGUCCCACAUCCACUACAUCCUGCCCGUUCCCUCAGGCCUUUCCAUACUAGGCAUCCCUUUUCACAGGCUACCAUUGCUCUACAGUUUGUUUGCCCUUUCCAUUUGCUACAUUUGUAAACUACGUUAUUUUAAAACCAGUCUGCUUUGAGUCAAAACUGAACAUGCCAUCAGUUGGGUUUCUGAAUAUAAAAGGACAUAGUUUACUUAAUUUGUUUUAGUAAGAUAAAGGACUAUUUUCUAAAAACACUGGUAAAUUAACUCAUAGGAAACAGAAAGGGACAGUCACAAUUUUUGCCAACAUAACAUUACUAAGUUCCCUGUGCUUAGUCAGUCAUUCACACCUGCUGCUGUUUGUCCUCUGCAGGACAGACUUCUGGGAAUAGCAACUGUGAGAGCAAACUGAGUGUUCCGCUCUUGACGACUCAAGUGUAGCUUGCUCCCCACCAGACCCUUAAGUUCUUUCUUUUUCAUUCUGCAGAGCUGUUUGUCAGCACCUCCUAGGAGACCAUGUGAGCCUCUGCUCCAGGAACUGGCAACAUAAAUACUGUUGUGCUUAAUGCAGCUGAGUUAAUCCAGGUAGAACAGUAGCAACA